AUGGAUCUCUCUUACUUACUGAUGUGUGGCAUGCUCGUUACUCUGUGUCUCAGACCCAGUGCCAUCCCACUGACAACAGCCCAGGACAAGGUGAGUGCCUCUUCAUUUUCACUCCUCCGCUUGGUGAAGGAAAGGACUGGAAGCGCUUCAGGUGAACGGGUGAUGCGGACCGCGCAAGCAGCCAAUCGCUCAGUGACGCCGACGCUCAACGACACGGACGUGCGCUCUCGCGGCAACGGGUCGCGCGCGCUGCACGAGCCAAACGUGGCCAACCGCGUGAAACUCACAAAGUUGCGCCAGUCCAGCGAUCAGUCGCGUGCUCGGAAGAAACAACCGUCGAAUAAGAGUGAAAGGCGCAAAAACUGCUUUGGUUUUAAAAUGGACAGAAUCAGCGAUUUGAGUGGCAUGGGUUGUAAGAGCGACUGAAGAGCCGUCUGGCGCCGAGCUGGGCUGUCUGGAUACCGCGCGCCAGCCGAGUGAUCUGGGUCCGGAGACCUACAGCCUCGCGCUGGUCGUCCGUAGCAAAUAAACGAUAAAGCCCACUGCACGUAACCGCAUAGUCCGGGGAAACGUCAGAUAAAUGGUCAACGAGGCUAUAAUGUGUUAACACUGUUAAAUAUUGCAAUUAUGGCAUCACUGAGUUUCUGGAAAGAAAUAUUAUACCUAGCCAACCAAAUUAUAUUAUACGGGCUGCUCUGUGGACGACUUUUGGUCAUAUUAGGGGCUGAAAUGAGGGCCCUGUGUUUCUCAGAC